UUUAUGUUUCAUUUUUUUAAAAUGUUAGGCAUGAUAAGGAGAAGGUUUACUUGAAGGGUAAGGAUAAGAUUGUUCCCCCUUUUCGUUUUGGCGUGGAAGAUGUUGCAACCAAGAUGUGGUUCCACAAGCUUGCAUAUCCUGGCCAAUGUUUGACUAAUUCUCAUCUGGACAUCAUUUUUUACUAUCUACGUAAAAAAGGAAAGUAUGCAAAGGAGCCAAAGGUUAAGUUCACAACCACCGAUUGCUUAUUCUUCAAAACCAUUCAUGCUUUGUAUGAAAAAUUUAUUGCACAGAAAAAAAAUCUUUCUUUGAUAACUGCCCAGCAUGCCAUUGCUGAUUAUAUAAGAGGUAGAAAAAUGUUAUGUGGUUCCCCUUGGCAUUUGUGCGAUCAUGUUUUCUUUAUCAUCCAUAUGGAGACUGAAUCACAUUGGAUUCUUGGUCGAUUGAAUAUUGAGGAAAGGCGUGUGUACAUGUACAACUCCUUGUCGACUGCUAUGAAAGAUAGUGCUGCUAUCAAAGCUUGUCAGCCAUUUGCGGUGUUGUUGCCCCACUUUUUUGCUUUGUUUGAUGAGUUCAAAAAGGAAAACAAACCGGUUUGUUUAGACCCUUUCGAAGUUGUUAAGGUUGAUGGUUUGCCUCAACAAACCUCGAAUGACUGUGGUUGUUUCGUUGCAUCGUUCGCCGAAUACUUUAUUGAUAUGAAACCGAUUCCUCCCAUAUUUGAUGUUGAGAAACACCGUGAUAGGCUUGCUGUGUUGUUCUAUAAGUAUGCUCGCAUGAAAGAAGUGGAAUUUAUUGAUAGUGAAGAUGAGGCUCCUCCAAAGGGUCCAAAGAAGAAUUUGUCUUAGUUAUCUAUUGGUUGUUGUUGGAAAUACUACUUUUUUUUAUGUAGCUUUUUUUUUUUUUCUAUUACCAGAUUAUGUUCAUAAUCAUAGACAAGUUGUUGUUUCUAUCAUGUUUUUUUCUUAAUUGGAAUUGGUUUUUAAUUUGUUCAUA